UUGGUAGUCGAGUUACAAGCCUUAGUAUGGUUUUGAAACCUUUUCUGUUGUUAAUGUUGACUGUUGUUCACUGCCAGAGUCAGAUACAACGCGACUGGUUGGUUGAUAGCGUUGAUGACACCGUUCGACUCAUCGAGAACCGAAUGUCUGUUAUUGGACCCGGAGGAACACUCACGAACGUUACUACUAUAUCGUUGACGAACGGCUUGAUUAAUCGAACGUUUCUGUUGCAACCAGACUUCGGGACUGUUGAUUUUGUCAGUUUGAACGAAGGAGGUCGCAUUUUGCGCGCGCUAACUCAAGAGGCUGUAGUUGGUCUGGAUGACUUGCAGUAUUUCGUUGGAGGCCUGCAGAUGGGUGCGAACGAGACCUAUGCUUAUCUUGAUCGAUUUCCUAUUUCAGUCAAUGUCAAUGCUUCUGCAUGGCACUACAAGUCAUACGCAACUACAACUCCUCAAGCACCGUUUCCUUGGAUGCCAGGUACUCGUCAUUCUCCUUCUGAUGUCUCAUGGCCUCCGAAAGGCCUUCAACUGGUAGUCAGUUUUCAAGCUCCCAGUACUGCUCCAUCGCCUCAUCAGGCCGUGCAGAUCAAUGUUCAUUAUGAAAUGUAUGUUGGGAUUCCUUUGUUGUCUAAAUGGAUUUCUAUCAAUUACACGGGGUCUGCAUCUGAUGUUGUAGUUAGUAAAGUGUGGCCAGAGUACUUGGCGACCAACCCACCAUACAGCCCAAGAGAUUAUGGAUGGCAAGCUCAUCCAUGGAGUCGUGGUCCUGGUGUUACUGGUUCAUGGCUCUAUGUUGAGACGGAUCAAGCUCAUGGAACAUCCAUUAACUGGGUCGAUGAUAGCCACAUUGGUGCCAGUCCUGGAUCAGGAGAACCUGUAGUGUAUUGCAGUUACACAAUUGGUCCUCAAGUGCAGCUGGGUAAUGGAAAGAUGGGAUACAAAGAGUUUACAUCGUUUCGUGUGCUAGAGUUGGUCACCGAUUCUGUGGAUCCCGAGAGAGUGGGACUAAGUCGACAUCGGAUGACACGACUGUUGGCUCCUCAAACACAAGAAAACCCUAUUUUCCUGCAUGGGACUAAGUCUGAUCCUACAGGUUUUCGAGAAGCAAUUGACCAAAUGGUUGAAGUUGGGUUUGAAAUGUUUUUCUACAGCUUUGGGAGUGGUUUUAAUCUGGAAUCGGCAGAUCAAACGUAUUUGUCUCAGAUUCGAAGUGAUAUUGCCUAUGCAAAGUCGAAGGGAAUUGAAGUGGGUGGAUAUGACUUGAUCUGUUUGGAGAGAGGACACGGAGGCUAUGGUGGUAAUGUCGGCGACCAGUGGGAUAUUAUUGAUCCAAAUACCAAGAAACCAGGGCAGAAUGCCUGCUUCUCUUCAGGCUGGCUGGACAAGCUCAGUCAACUUGUUUUCAAUUUUGUCAAUUACACAGGUCUUAGUGGUAUUGAGACUGAUGGCCCAUAUGGUGGAUCAGAAUGUUCAUCUACGACUCAUGAUCAUCAUACUGGACUAUUGGAUUCUGUUUAUGAACAAACAAAAGCUCAAGGAGAGUUUUACAGGAAACUGCGUGAAGCUAAUGUGUACAUACACCAGCCUGAUAACUUCUUUUAUCAAGGUGGCAGCAAGACAGGCAUGGGCUACAAUGAGAAUCAAUAUAGUUUACCUCGCUGGCAGGAUCUCAGUGUUAGUCGGCAAACUAUGUAUGAUAAUACGUAUCACUUUAUUCCAACUCAGGGAUGGAUGUUCUUGCCUUUAGUUCAGUACCAUGGCGGUGGCUCGGCGGCAACGUUUGAACCAUUGAGUCAGAACAUUGUGGAGUAUGAGUGGGGGUUGGCGCAAUACUUUGGAUAUGGUGUCGCUCCUUGUUAUCGUGGCUAUCGCUUGUAUGACAGUAAUGAGACGAUGUCUGUAGUUAAGAAGUGGGUGACAUUUUUCAAGACUUACCGUGAUAUACUUGUGAGCGACAUCGUUCAUAUUCGACGGCCAGACAUGCAGGGGAUUGAUGCCAUUAUUCACGUCAACCCUAAAUUGGAUCACCGAGGAUUGGCCAUGGUGUUCAAUCCUACAGCAGUUGCUAUCAGCGAGACGUUGAAAAUACCACUCUAUUAUACUGGUAUCAAGAAAUCAGCCCAUGUUAGCAAAGAGGGAGGGAGUUCAAUUGUGUAUCAGCUAGAACACAACUUCUCGGUUCACAUUGAGAUCUCAUUGUCACCAAUGAAUUUGACUUGGUUUGUUUUUGAAAGUGGUGAUGAAUCAGGGGUGACUGUGUAGUCUUUUUCUCUGCUAAAUUGAGUUGGAUUUGUGCUAUCAGUGGUCUGCUGUUCUCAUUUGUAGGACUGGUAGUCUUUUUGCAAUGGUUUUCUAGUAUAUAUAUAUAU